UCCCUCUUCCUGGAGUACUCAUGGCACAGAGUAGCUUUCAUUUUCUUCUAAGUCACACAGUUUCUCUUUAAAACAGGCUAUUAACCAGCAGUCCCUGAGAGAGGAAAAAGAAGGCUGCUGAUCCAGGAAAGACAGGAAAAGAACAGCUGACUUUUGUCCUAAACCCCUCUCCACCAAGACCCUCUUCCUUCUGGCAGAUUCUAUGACCUUUCUGAAGAUCUCGGGGUUGCAGGGUAUGGUAGGUAGGUAGGAUUCUAAAGGAUCACUGAGAAAGCCCUCCACCUGGUGUCUCCUUUGGCCACCAUUCUGACCAGCUCACCAGAUCACUUGUGACCAAGAGCUGAAGACUUGCUUCUUUCAACAGACAAGCUCCGUUCAGGCUCAAAUAGUCUGAUGAAAUUUUCUAAAUGCUGAAUUUUCCUCAGUUGCUUCAGCAAGCUACAGAUAUGGAUCAUCAAGAAGGACUCCAUGACCAACAACUAGGGUCUGGGUACAGGAAAGAGCAUGAGCAGGAUAAUGACAUAGACGAACUGAGGAUUCUGCUUGUAGGGAAACAUGGUUCAGGAAAAAGUGCUGCAGGAAACAGAAUCCUGGGCAAGCGUGUGUUUGAAUCCAGAUUCAGUGAGCAGCCAGUGACCCAAGAGUGCAAGACAGAGCAGCGAACCUGGAGACACAGAAAAGUUGUGCUCAUUGACACUCCAGAUAUCUUUUCCCAAAGACAUUCCCAGAAACAGCUGGACCAUCUCUCCUCUGUGAUCUCUCCAGGCCUGCAUGCCCUCCUCCUAGUGACCCCACUGGGCUUCUACACAGAGGAAGAUGAGACAGUGGUGGAAAACAUCAAGAAGGUUUUUGGAGAGAAAGCUCUCAAGAGACAUGUGAUCAUUCUGUUCACCCGGCAAGAAGACUUCACAGGAAGAGACCUGAUGGUGUUCAUAAAGAAUGCAGAUAAACGUCUUCAGAAACUCAUUUGGGACUGUAGAUUUCAGUACUAUGCUUUCAAUUACCGGGUCACUGGAAAGGAGGAACAACAUCAAGUAAAAGGGCUCUUGGAGGAGAUCGACAAAAUGGUAGAAAGGAAUGGAGGGAUUGAGCACAUGAUAGAGCCCAAGCACAUGAUACAGCCCAAGCAGGACAAAGAGAUGGAUGAAUUGAGGAUUCUUCUUGUGGGGAAACAUGGUUCAGGGAAAAGUGCUGCGGGAAACAGCAUCCUGGGCAGGCGUGUGUUUGAGUCCAGACUCAGUAAGCAACCAGUAACCCAAGUGUGUAGCAAAGAAGAGCGGAUUUGGAGACAAAAAAAAGUUGUGCUCAUUGACACUCCAGAUAUCUUUUCCCAAAUGGACUCCCAGAAAGAGCUUCACCAUCUUGCCUCUCUAUGCUACCCAGGCCUGCAUGCCCUCCUCCUAGUGACCCUUCUGGGCUCCUACACAGAAGAAGAUGAGACAGUGGUGAGGAACCUCAAGAAGGUUUUCAGAGAGGAAGCUCUCAGGAACCAUGUGAUCAUUCUAUUCACCCGAAAAGAAGAUUUGGCGGGAAGGGACCUGAUGGAGUUCAUAAAGACCAUGGAUAAACCUCUUCAGAACCUCAUUUGGGGAUGUGGAUUUCAGUACUAUGCUUUCAGUUACCAAGUCACAGAAGAGGAAGAACAACUCCAAGUGAAUAGGCUUCUGGAGAAGAUCAACAAAAUGAAGUGUGACAAUGGAGACCAACUUUGUAUCUUUGCUACUAGACCUGAUACACUGAACCUCAUCAUAGUAGGAAAGUGUGCAGCUGAGAAGAGCUCAACAGGGAACACCAUUCUUGGAAGGAAGGAAUUUCUAGACCAUGUUCAAAGAGAGCCAGUCAUCAAAACCUGUAGAAAACAUGUUAAGGACCUGGAAAGUACUAUUGUGGUUGUUGAUACCCCAUCAUUUUACCUUCCAUUAGAGAGUGAAGAAGAUCUCUAUAAACAAGGAAGAGAGAUCAUUCGCAUCCUUAAUUUGCUUGAAGGACCCAAAGUUUUUAUUCUGGUGAUUCAGAUGGGACAAUUCACUCAAGAAGAUGAGAAGACCAUUGAAGUAUUAGAAGCCAUAUUUGGAACAGAGGUCACCAAGUCCAUGAUUGUGCUUUUCACUAGAAAGGAUGAUCUAGAACCUUAUACAAUGGAAGAUUACAUCAAGAAUUUCACUAAUGAACCUCUUAAAAAGUGGAUUGAACAAUGUGGAUACAGAUUAUGCGCUUUUAACAACAAAGAAAGUGGCCUGGCCCAGGAAAAGCAGGUAAAUGAACUUUUGGAAAUGGCUGAUGAACUGGUCCAGUAUCAUGGAGGCCAAGGCUUUGCAUUCAAUUAACCUUGAAGCUUAUGUCAAAAGAAUCAAAAUCACCAAAAGAGGCAGUGGAAUAUACUGUCAUAGAAGUAAAAUUUGUAAUAAUUUCACUUAUUUUCCAGCUGCUGGAGUACCUGGGAAUCCAUUUAAAAAAUAAUAUUGGUCUUUACAUAGCACCUUAGGGUUUGCAAAGCUCUUUACAUAUGUUAACUCAUAU